AUGUCAUCAUUUAUUGGUUCAAUAGAUCAAGGAACAACUUCUUCCCGAUUUUUGAUAUUCGAUUCAAAAGGCACUUUGGUAACUUAUCAUCAAGUCGAGUUUCCUCAAUACUAUCCUAAUCCUGGUUGGAUUGAACAUGAUCCUACUGAUCUUCUCGAAACAGUUUAUAAAUGUAUUGAAGAAGCUCUAAAAAAAUUUGUGAAAAUGGGUAAUGCCAUUACUGAUAUUAAAGCCAUCGGUAUUACAAAUCAGAGGGAAACUACUCUUGUUUGGGACAAGCAAACUGGGAAACCUCUAUACAAUGCCAUUGUAUGGUGUGAUGUUCGUACGCAUGAUUUAGUGCAUGAAUUAACUGCUAAAUCUGAGUUAGGAGUUAACGCAUUAAAGGAAGUUUGUGGACUUCCUAUUUCCACCUAUUUUUCAGCAGUAAAACUCAAGUGGCUUCUUGACAAUGUGCCCGCGGUUAAAGAAGCUCAUGAAAAAGAGACCAUAUUAAUGGGGAAUGUCGAUACUUGGCUAAUAUAUAAUUUAACGGGCGGAAUUGAUGGUGGAAUGUUUCUCACAGAUGUAACAAAUGCCUCUAGAACUAUGUUGAUGGAUAUCAAGAAAUUACAAUGGAGUGAACAAUCACUUAAAUUUUUCGGAAUUAAAAAAUGCGCUCUUCCACAAAUAUAUUCUUCUUCAGAGAAAUAUGGUGAUAUCAAAAUAACCGAUUUAGCGGGAAUUCCAAUCGCUGGUGUCUUGGGUGACCAGCAAUCUGCCUUGGUAGGACAAAAAUGCUUCCGACGUGGGGAAGUAAAAAACACUUAUGGAACAGGGUGUUUUAUGUUAUUUAAUACUGGUACUGAUCCUGUGAUUUCCAAAUCUGGUCUACUCACCACCGUAGGUUAUAAGUUUGGUAAGGAGGACACUGUGUACGCUCUUGAAGGUUCAAUUGCUGUCGCCGGUUCAGCAAUCAAAUGGGUUCGUGAUAAUUUGUGUAUUAUAAACGAAACGCAUGAAAUUAAUAAUCUUGCCGCUUCCGUUAAAGACACUGGUGGUGUCUAUUUUGUAACGGCCUUUUCUGGCUUGUUCGCUCCUUACUGGCGUGAUGAUGCACGUGGUUGUAUCGUUGGGAUCACCCAAUACACAAACAAAUCUCAUAUUGCCCGUGCCACUUUAGAAGCGGCUUGCUUCCAAACACGUGCAAUUUUGGAUGCUAUGAAUAGCGAUUCAGGUCAUCCUUUAACUUCUCUUAAGGUAGAUGGUGGUAUGACAAAUUCGGAUAUUUGUAUGCAGAUUCAAGCUGAUAUUCUUAGAAUAAAUGUUGACCGUCCAGCAAUGAAAGAGACCACUGCGCUAGGUGCAGCCAUGGCAGCUGGCCUUGCUGUUGGCAUAUGGAAAUCUUUGAGUGAAUUAGAUGAAGUUAAUAGUAAAGAUCGAACAACCUUUUUUUCCUAA